AGUUUAAGAAGACUUUUUUCAAGUGUAUGGCAUAGAAGAUGAAUUCUUCCUCCUCCACCAUGAACGAAGAACCUGAUGCUCUGUCGGUGGUUAACCAGCUACGGGAUCUAGCUGCAGACCCGUUAAACAGAAGAGCCAUUGUCCAGGAUCAAGGCUGUCUGCCUGGCCUUAUUUUAUUUAUGGACCAUCCCAACCCCUCAGUUGUUCACUCGGCGUUGCUUGCUCUUCGAUACUUGGCAGAAUGCCGUGCCAACAGAGAGAAGAUGAAAGGAGAACUGGGCAUGAUGUUAAGCUUGCAGAACGUUACACAAAAAACUACAACUCCAGGAGAAACAAAACUGCUGGCUUCUGAAAUCUAUGACAUUCUUCAGUCAUCUAAUAUGGCAGAUGGUGAUAGUUUCAAUGAAAUGAAUUCACGUCGAAGGAAAGCUCAGUUUUUUCUGGGAACUACAAAUAAACGUGCCAAAACAGUGGUUUUGCACAUAGACGGUCUUGAUGAUACGUCCCGAAGAAACCUGUGUGAAGAAGCUUUGUUAAAAAUUAAAGGAGUUAUUAGCUUUACUUUUCAAAUGGCUGUUCAAAGAUGUGUGGUGCGAAUCCGUUCAGAUUUGAAAGCAGAGGCUUUGGCAUCAGCAAUAGCAUCAACUAAGGUUAUGAAAGCUCAGCAAGUUGUGAAAAGUGAAAGUGGAGAAGAGCUGUUGGUUCCAUUCCAAGAUACUCCUGUGGAAGUAGAGCAGAAUACAGACCUACCAGACUACCUGCCUGAGGAUGAGAGUCCCACGAAGGAGCAAGAUAAAGCGGUGUCCCGGGUCGGCUCGCACCCAGAAGGUGGAGCCAGCUGGCUGAGCACAGCUGCAAACUUUUUAUCCAGAUCAUUUUACUGGUGACUUAAAUUUGGGGCUCAAGGACUGUGUGAACCACCAAGGGGCCAGUGUUCCAUUGUUGUGGUGAACUGUCAAGUGCAAUUUGCAAUAAAUUAUCAUGAAAAGUUUUUAGAUUAUAUGAUUGCGUAUGCUGCAUUUUACAGUUUAUUGGACAUUUUACUCCACCAAGUGGUAAGAAGGACAGAGGCUACAGGCGGAACUGCUUUGUUUCUCAAGAUAUUUUUAGUUUUGUGUUAUGGCCUCCCUUUUUUUUUUCAUAUGGGUCCACUGUUAAACCAAACAUUAUGUGCAGCUUUACAUUUCAUUGUAC